UGGCUCUUUUCUUCCGCUUCUCUAUGGUCGAGAGCCGGAAGUGGCUGUCUGGCUGGACGGCGUGAGGAGCGUUCAGCUCUCUGACCUGGAAGCACAAUGUCAUCAGAAUCCAGCAAAAAACGGAAACCCAAAGUGAUCCGAAGUGAUGGAGCCCCAACUGAAGGGAAACGGAACCGAUCUGACACAGAGCAGGAAGGCAAAUACUACAGCGAGGAGGCUGAGGUUGACCUGAGGGACCCUGGCAGAGACUAUGAGUUGUACAAGUACACUUGCCAGGAGCUACAAAGGCUGAUGGCCGAGAUCCAGGACUUGAAGAGCAAGGGCAGCAAGGACGUGGCCAUUGAAAUUGAAGAACGAAGGAUUCAGAGCUGUGUGCAUUUCAUGACUCUAAAGAAGCUUAACCGAUUGGCCCACAUCAGGUUAAAGAAAGGAAGAGAUCAGACCCACGAGGCCAAACAGAAAGUUGAUGCCUACCACCUACAGCUACAGAACCUGCUCUACGAAGUGAUGCACCUGCAGAAGGAGAUCACCAAAUGUCUGGAGUUCAAGUCAAAGCAUGAAGAAAUUGAUCUGGUCAGUUUAGAGGAAUUUUAUUCAGAGGCUCCACCAAACAUCAGCAAGGCCGAGAUCACCAUGGGAGACCCUCACCAACAGACAUUGGCACGCUUGGACUGGGAGCUGGAACAACGGAAAAGGCUGGCAGAGAAGUACCGAGAAUGUCUGUCCAAUAAGGAGAAGAUCCUGAAGGAGAUUGAGGUGAAGAAGGAGUAUCUGAGCAGCCUCCAGCCUCGCCUCAACAGCAUCAUGCAGGCUUCCUUGCCAGUGCAAGAAUACCUGUUCAUGCCGUUUGACCAAGCACACAAGCAGUAUGAGACUGCCAGGCACCUGCCGCCUCCCCUCUACGUGCUGUUUGUGCAGGCCACUGCAUAUGGGCAGGCCUGUGCUCAUAUGAAAUCCUCCUCCCAGCCCCCUAGACAGGAUAAGACGUUGUCUGUGGCGAUUGAAGGCAGUGUGGAUGAAGCCAAAGCUCUUUUCAAGCCCCCUGAAGACUCCCAAGAUGAUGAAAGCGACUCAGAUGCUGAAGAGGAGCAGACCACGAAGCGGCGUCGGCCCACUCUCGGGGUUCAGUUGGAUGACAAGCGCAAGGAGAUGCUGAAAAGGCACCCACUGUCUGUCCUACUGGAUCUGAAGUGCAAAGACAACAGUGUGCUUCAUCUGACUUUCUACUAUCUCAUGAACCUCAACAUCAUGACAGUGAAAGCCAAAGUGACGACUGCCAUGGAGCUGAUCACCCCCAUCAGUGCAGGAGACUUAUUGUCUCCUGACUCCGUCUUGAGCUGUUUGUAUCCAGGAGAUCAUGGAAAGAAAACUCCAAAUCCAGCCAAUCAGUAUCAGUUUGAUAAAGUUGGCAUCCUGACUUUGAGAGACUAUGUACUUGAGUUAGGUCACCCCUACUUGUGGGUGCAGAAGCUGGGUGGUCUCCACUUCCCCAAAGAGCAGCCUCAGCACACAGUGAUGGCUGACCACUCACAGAGCGCCAGCCACAUGGAGACCACCAUGAAACUGCUGAAGACCAGGGUACAGUCCCGCCUGGCUCUCCACAAACAGUUCGCAUCUCUGGAACAUGGCAUUGUGCCAGUCACCAGCGAUUGCCAGUACCUCUUCCCUGCCAAGGUUGUUUCUCGCCUGGUAAAGUGGGUGAUAAUUGCCCAUGAAGAUUACAUGGAGCUGCACUUCACUAAGGACAUUGUAGAGGCAGGACUGGCUGGGGACACCAAUCUCUACUACCUGGCGCUUAUUGAAAGGGGAACCGCUAAACUUCAGGCUGCUGUGGUACUGAACCCUGGCUACUCUUCCAUCCCACCUGUUUUCCGACUCUGUCUAAACUGGAAAGGGGAGAAAACCAACAGCAAUGACGACAAUAUUCGGGCUAUGGAGAGUGAGGUCAACGUGUGCUAUAAGGAGCUGUGUGGCCCUCGGCCCAGUCACCAGCUCUUGACCAACCAGUUGCAGAGGCUGUGUGUGCUGCUGGACGUCUAUCUAGAGACUGAGAGCCAUGAUGACAGUGUAGAGGGCCCCAAGGAAUUUCCCCAGGAGAAGAUGUGCCUGCGGCUUUUUAGGGGUCCGAGUAGGAUGAAGCCAUUUAAAUAUAACCAUCCUCAGGGAUUCUUCAGCCACCGCUGACUUCCCCCUCUACUUGUCAUCCCCCAAAGCCCUGCCCUGGCUCCUGGGUAUCUGCUUUUUGCUUUGGCCAAAUGUGGUUCUUGAUAUUUUCCAAAGACACCAGCUAAUUAAAUGUCAUCUGACCAAAUGGC